AUGACGUGGAAAAUUAAUCUCUUGCACAAUAUUGUGGAUAUUCAUCCUUGUUCUAUUGGACUUCCUGAUGGAGAUAAAACUUGGGCCAUUAAGCAAGGAGAUAUUUGUUUAGGUGGAGAUUUGUGGCUACGUGGAGUGUUGUAUUGCCCUGAGUUAAAAUGUUCAUUAAUCUCCGUAGCUAAAUUACUAAAGGUUACGAAAGGAUCCAUUACGUUUACUGAAGAUCUUUGUGUUUUACAGGACCGUACUAUGAAGACGCUGAUUGGAGCGGGUGAGGAGUGCAAUGGGGUCUAUGUGUUUCGAGGUGUCAUGGGAGCUAGUGCUCAUUCAACAACAGCAGCGAGUUCGGGAGCACGAGAUCUCUGGCAUCGACGUUUAGGUCAUCCAUCUAGUAGGGUUUUAUCGUUGUUAUCUAGCUAUGUUGAUGUUGGGAAACCGGCUGAGGCAGAAGCAGUUUGUGAUACUUGUUUUCGGGCAAAACAUACCCGUGAUUGUUUUCAAGAAAGUUCUAAUAAAGCAGCUGGUUUAUUUGAUUUGAUUCAUUGUGAUAUUUGGGGGCCUUAUCGACAAGUUUCUUCUAGUGGAGCAUCCUAUUUUCUUACAAUUGUGGAUGAUUUCUCUCGUGCGGUUUGGAUUUAUCACCUACGGGAAAAAGGAGAGGUGGCUAACACAAUUGAAAAGUUUUGUGCUAUGGUUGAUAGGCAGUUUGAUAAGAAGAUACGCAUUGUGCGAAGUGAUAACGGGUUGGAGUUUAUGUGCUUGAAACAUUUUUUUGCGAAAGAAGGUAUGCUACAUCAAACAUCGUGUGUGUAUACACCUCAACAGAAUGGUCGAGUUGAACGUAAGCAUCGCCAUAUAUUGAAUGUCUCUCGAUCAAUUAUGUUUCAAGCUCACAUACCAGUGAAGUUUUGGGGAGAAUGUGUGCUUGCGGCAGUACACUUGAUCAAUCGCACACCAUCAACCUUGCUAAAUGGGAAAACACCAUAUGAAAUGCUUUAUGGAGAAGCACCUCAGUUUACUCGGUUGAAGGUGUUUGGUUUUCUAUGCUAUGCUCACAAGAUCUCUAGAGAAAAAGAUAAGUUUGGGGAGAGAAGCCGACGAUGCAUUUUUAUGGGAUAUCCCAAUGGGCAGAAAGUCGUAGUAGAGACCACACCUAUUGUCUCUACACAAGAAACAUGGGAUGAUGAUUUUCAGAACCGCGAUCAGCACGUUACCGCCGAUUCUCGCAUUAUCGAAGAGGUGAACUCUCCUAUAGUCUCCGAUACUAGUCUCGUUUUGAGGGGGAGUUCAGGAGAUAAAGAAGUCAGGGGGAGUCUGGGAGAUGAUCAUGACGUAAGGGGGAGUUCCGGAUGUGAGGAACCAAGCACUGAAAAUAUAGUUGAGACAGAACCAGAAAUGGGCAAGGGAAAAAGACAACGAUCUAAGCCAUCUAAGUUGAGUGACUAUGUGUUGUAUGCUGCUCGCUGUAACAUAGACCCCUCACCUCUCACUCCAAGCUCAGCGUCUUCCUCUAAAGGUACGGUUCCUUAUUCGAUCUCGAAUUACAUUACAUGUGAUCGUUUUUCGGAGAAACACAAAGCUUUUCUUGCAGCCAUUGAUUCUCAUUAUGUUCCUGAGACUUAUGCUGAAGCGGUGAAGUACAAAGAGUGGAGAGAUGCGAUGGGAAGAGAAAUAAAAUCACAAGAAGCUGCAGGUACUUUUUAUUUGACAGAACUCCCACCAGGCAAGCAAGCAAUAGCUUCUCGUUGGAUCUAUACCAAUAAAUAUUAUGCGGAUGGUUCUCUGGAAAGACAUAAGGCGAGAUUGGUGAUCAGGGGUGACAAACAGGUUGAGGGACGAGAUUAUGAGGAAACAUUUGCACCGGUUGCAAAGUUGACAACAAUACGGAUGUUUCUCAAAGUGGCAGCGGUUAAGAGAUGGGAAGUACAUCAAAUGGAUGUACAUAAUGCUUUUCUACAUGGAGAGUUGGAGGAGGAAGUGUAUAUGAAGCUACCUUUGGGUUUUCACUCUCAGAAGAAGAACGUUGUUUGUCGUUUACGGAAAGCAUUAUAUGGCUUAAAGCAAGCACCACGGUGCUGGUUUGCAAAGUUGACGAAUGCGCUGCGUGGAUAUGGGUUUUCUCAAGAAUAUGCAGAUUACUCAUUAUUUACUUUGGCUCGUGGAGAAGUGAGGUUAUAUGUUUUGAUAUAUGUGGAUGAUUUACUCAUUGGUGGGAAUGAUACGGAGACCAUAAAACGAUUCAAAGCUGGCAAACCAGUUGCCACACCUAUGGCAGAAAACAGUCAUCUUCAAGAUGAAGAUGAUAGUCCAUUAUUCACAGAGCGAGGUCGUUAUCAACGGUUGGUGGGUAGACUCGUUUAUCUUACCUUUACAAGACCUGAGUUAUCUUAUGUUGUUCAUGUUUUGGCUCAGUUCUUGAAUAAACCUCAAGCGAAACAUUGGGAUGCAGCACUUAGAGUGGUUCGUUACUUAAAAGGCAGUCCUGGCAAGGGGAUUGUGUUAUCGUCUAGUGGUGAUCUACGUAUCUCGGCUGUGAUUCAGACUUCUCUGGGUGUCCUCUUUCAAGAAGAUCUCUCAGCGGUUUCGUGGUUCAUCUCGGCAACUCUCCUAUCUCUUGGAAAACCAAGAAACAAGGGACGGUCUUGUUAUCUUCCGCAGAAGCUGAAUAUCGAGCGAUGGGUUUCACGUUGA